GGGGGAGAGUGAGUGAGGGGGAAGGCAGGGGGAGGGAGAUGCAGGGGAAGGGAGGGAAGAGAGGUGGGAGUGAUGGAGGAGGAGGGAGGGGAAGGAUGGAGGGAGAGGGAGGGGAGGGAUGGAGGGUUAGUUAUUUCUUUGUCCAACAUCUGGAAGAGUGCCAGACAAUGUUCUCUUGUUCCAGAGAGGGGGCUUCCCUUUCAGUUUGUCGAAAGAGGCUUUGGGGAAGAAAAACAUGUUUCCGAUAUGCUGGAUAUCCCCUUUUGUUGGGGUGAGGGGCCAAAAACCUGGUGAAGUUCUUGUGCGCAUUGGUGAUAUCUCCAAAGCAUGUUGCUUUAGAGGAAUUCCAUCCCAGUGCUGGUCUUCAGACUUAGACGCUUGAAUGUCCUUCAGCAUCCAUUUAUGGGGUCCAGGGUAGGCGGUCCUUUCCCCCCUGCCUUUUCUUUCUGCUGUAGCCUGGUCAUUCAUCUGUGUUCUGUGGGAAAAGACACAUGCCAAGGUCUUCCCAGUUUUGUCCAUGAAUUUUGCAGAGCAGGCAUCUGCUUUGAGGUCCUGCAUCCCAGAGAUGAUAGUGUUGGCCUUGUCGACAUCUUUGUCACAAUUUUUGGUUUGUUCCAUAAGGUCGGUGAGUGUGAUGCAGGAGAGAGUAUAGGUGGGAGCAUAUUUCAACCACAGGUUGGCGGACCUUUCAGCGGACGCUAUAGCAGCCUUCUCCAGGUUCAGCCUAAUAGCAGAACACUCAUAUCUCCACAACAGGAGCACUUCAGAACAUAAUUCAAACAGAUUUAGGAAGCUAUACAGUGCAGGGCUACAACUUUCGUUUUUGACCAUAUGGAUGAGAGUGCUGUUGGGAUGGAUGAGGAUAGUGGUAGUGGUGAGGUGGUGAUGGAAAGUUCUGUAAAGGUGGAGAGUUGGAGUUAUUCUGAAGCAAAGGUGAUCUUGGUGGAGUGGCUUCAACAUGGGGGAGGUAGCAGUCUGUAUUUUGGGGCAAAGAGACUGGGUGAAUUUCAGACAGGACUAGUCCCAGGAUUGAUCCAAAUGAUAAGUAACAUAAUUGAUCAUGUGAUUUAUUUCAGGGUCCAGGGCAGACUUCCAAAUAUAGAAAUUGGCACCUUUAAAUGAAAAAUAGUA